AUGCGACGGCUGGUACUCUACUUAUUAGUGUUCGCCGGAAGCUCAAUCGUAGCUUCAAAUAUUCCAUGUGGAAAGUCGUUUAUCCCAUGUGAGAAUGAUAUUCUCAACCACCAGCAGGGCCUGAAUGGCAUUGAUGAAGGUGCAUUUGUUUCCCAUCGAGUCCCAGAAGGUCUUCUAUUCGUUGCCGCCAAAGAAGGAGAACGAGAAUCUAGUAAACUCUUCGACUUUCGAGAUGUUGCCUUCCAAUAUUCCGGACACCCUCUCUCCACGUCCACAUCCCAAUUUACCAGAAUCCACAAAGCCGAUAAGAAGGCUUCGGAUCGCAGUAGAUCCGCUUUCACCUCAGUGGCAAUCACCAAACGAUUGACCGCAUUGGGACUCCGUGAACGAGAACUAAAGUACGGUCUUCCACCCAACCAAAUAUCUUCAACAAUCUCAAACUGCCCAAUCCCAACAAUCAAUCAUUGCUUUGCCACCAAUUACCGAUCAUUCUCUGGUAUCUGCAACAAUGUAGCACAUCCUGAAUGGGGAGCAUCUCAUACUCCAAUGGCAAGAAUCAUGAGACCUGAUUAUGCUGAUGGAGUGUCUGAGCCAAGAGCCGCGGCAGCCAGUAAACCAUUGCCAUCUGUCAGAAGUCUAUCUUUGACACUUUUCACUCCAAGGGGAGAGGUUCAUUCUGAAGUGACAACCAUGAUGGGCUUGUGGAUGCAAUUAAUCGCAUCUGACAUGGUCAAUGUCGUCUCGUUCCAAGCAGUGAACGAGGGAACGUCUUCGGCGCUGCCGUGUUGCAAACGAGGGUUUAAUCACUCAGAAUGCGAUGUCAUUGAUAUACCAGCGGCGGAUCCAGCAUACAGAACUAGACUGAACUGUAUCCCUCAUUCACGAUCUAUAAUCGCUCCAAGGGAAGCGUGUCGGUUAGGUCCGAGGGAACAAGCAAACUUUGCGUCGUCUUAUCUUGAUGCUUCGUUCAUCUAUGGUUCGAAUAUGGAAAAGGCAAAACAAUUAAGAACUUUCAGAAAUGGCCAAUUGAGAACUGCCGGAAGCAUAGGAGAACUCCCUGCCACCGACGGAACGCUUCAAUGUCAGGCCACCCAUUCCAGAUGCGCUCUAUCUGGAUCAGAUGAAGUGAACAUUCUUCCAAGUGUUGCUGCUCUUCACACAGUAUUCAUUCGUCAUCACAACCGACUUUCUGACAAUUUGAGAUCUAUCAAUCGCCAUUGGACUGAUGAUAAAUUGUACGAGGAGACCAGAAAAAUCGUUUCAGCUCAAAUUCAACAUAUCACUUACAAUGAGUUCUUGCCAGUGCUUCUCGGAAGAGAAAACAUGAGAAAUUAUGGGUUGAACUUGCAUUCGGCCGGAUUUGAUUCCAACUAUGAGAUGAAUCUGGAAGGAACAACAUUCAAUGAGUUUGCUGUGACAGUUCCAUACUAUUUCUGGGCACUUCUACCAUCUGAGAAAUCGUUUGUUGACUUUAAUAAUCCAUCGAGACUCUAUGAGCAAGGUCCGAUUCAAAUCAUUCGUCAAUUGUUGACCACUAAUAUCUACCAACCAGCCCUUAGAGCCAAUGAUGAAGUUAAAAGUGGAUUUUUGAAAGACAACCAUGAAUUUGGAUUGGACUUGAUUUCAAUUGCAUUGAAACAAGGAAGAGAUCACGGAAUCCCAGGAUAUACUGCGAUCAGAGCUAGUUGCGGAUUGGGAAGAAUUGCCUCUUUCAACGACUUGCGUGAAAUCUUCCUGCCAGAAGUCAAGUUUGAGCAUCUAUCCGCUGCAUAUUCGCGGGUCGAAGAUGUUGAUAUUUUGGUUGGAGUUCUUGCGGAAAAACCAUUGAAAGGAUCAUUGGUUGGACCAACCAUGGCUUGCAUAAUUGGAAAACAAAUGCAGCGGACAAGAAGAGCUGAUCGAUUCUGGUACGAAAACUAUUUCGCACAAUCCGGAUUCAGCGAAGGACAACUUUCGGAAAUCAGAAACACGAAACUUGCGGAAAUCAUUUGUGCUAACAUUGAUAUCAGAAGAAUUCAAAGAAAUGUAUUCUUCAGAGAAGAUGAAUUCGACAACAUGGCAAUCUCUUGCAACUCUACCGUCCUCAGUAGUCCAAACUUCAACGAGUGGAGAGACGCAGAAGGAAAACCAGUAUUCCCGAUUCGUCAAGAAACCAUUGAGAAGGUUAUCAGUCUUGCCAAACGAAAUCUGAAGGAUCAGGAGAGAAGAGAAAUUUCAAAUUUGAAGCACAAUCAGGGAAGAUUCCAAAAAGGAGAUCCACUUUUUGCCUAUUCAAAUAUGAUGAGAGCAAAAGAAGGAGCAAAACAAGUUUCUCAAAUCUCUGCUCUUCUUCUGGAGACUACAAAGUUAUUGAUAAAGGGAGAAGGAUUAGAUACUGAUGAGCAAUUGCCAAAGUUAGAUACCAAUACUCUUCAGAAGAUUCUUCCGGAUAUUGAUGUUACUUCUUUUGUCAAUAACUACACCGCUUUCCUUUCUGAAGAUGGGCAAGCUAGCCAAGAAGAAUGCAGUCCGAAAAUGCUGCCAUGCGAUCACACAACUCGCUACCGUACUUUCAACGGAUGGUGUAACAAUCUGAAAUUCCCCGAAUAUGCCAACUCAUUUGCUCCACUUCGCCAUGUCCUUCCACCCCAAUAUGAAGAUGGUUUUGAUGCUCCAAGAACCCGUGCUAAAUCUGGAAGACCUCUUCCAAAUCCACGUCGAGUUUCUAAUCUUGUAUGCGAAGAUAAGGACGUAUCUCAUGUGAAAUUCACUCACAUGGUCAUGCAAUUCGGACAACUUUUGGACCACGAGCUGACUCAUUCUCCAGUGGCUCGAGGACCAAACGAUGAGAUUUUGAACUGCACGAAAUGUGAUUCGCCUGAAAAGAUUUCCGUACACUGCAUGCCAAUUCGUGUGGAGAAAGAUGAUCCAUUCUUCCCAACCAACUAUCCAAAUGGAGAACCACGUUGCCUUCCAUUCGCUCGGUCUCUCCUUGGACAAUUAAAUCUUGGAUACCGUAAUCAAUUGAAUCAACUGACCGCCUAUGUUGAUGGAUCUGCAAUUUAUGGAUCUACCAAAUGUGAGGCAAAGGCAUUGAGACUUUUCACAAGGGGUCUACUGAACUUCACUGAUUUUGGACAUGGACAAAUGAUGUUGCCACAAGGAAAUCAAGAAAAAGAUUGUCGAUCGACUCUUGAGAAGAGAUCAAUGCCUUGUUUCGUGGCUGGAGACGAAAGAAAUUCCCACCAACCUGGACUUACAAUUAUGCACACAUUCAUGGUCCGAGAGCACAACCGUAUUGCUAUGCAGCUAUCAGCUCUCAAUCCACACUGGAAUGAUGACACAGUUUUUGAGGAGACUCGUCGUAUUGUUGUAGCUGAGAUGCAACACAUCACUUUUGCUGAAUUCCUUCCCAAGAUUAUUGGAUUAGAUCUUUUGAAUGCUCAGAAUCUGGUACCAAAGAAGAAUGGAUAUUUUGGAGGAUACGAUGAAACUUGCGACGCUUCAAUUUCCCAACCAUUUGCCACUGCUGCUUUCCGAUUCGGACACACUCUGAUCCGAAGAAUGUUCCCAAGAAUGAACUACAACUAUAAGAACAUGAGUGAGCCUGUGGAUUUGGCUCAACAUUUCGGACAUGUUGGACCAUUGUACGAACAAGAAAAAGGAGGAAUGGAUGCAAUGCUAAUGGGACUUCUUGGAACACCAUCCAUGGCAUUCGAUCGUCAUAUCACAGACGCUGUGAGAAAUCAUUUGUUCAUGAGAAGAGGAGAGAAAACCAGUGGAAUGGACCUUAUUGUAUUGAAUAUUCUGAGAGCUAGAGACCACGGAGUGCAGCCUUACAAUGAUCUCAGAGAGUUCUGUGGACUUCGAAGAGCAGUUAAAUGGGAGGAUUUGAGAAGUGAGAUGGAUCAGGACAACAUCAAUAUCCUUCAAUCUCUUUACGAGUCUGUGGAUGACAUUGACCUUUUCCCAGGACUUGUCAGUGAACGCCCAUUGAGAGGUGCUCUUCUAGGAACAACUAUGUCUUGUAUCAUUGCUGAACAGUUCGGAAGACUGAAAAGAUGUGAUCGAUUCUACUAUGAAAAUGAUAACAACGCUGCGAAGUUCACACCAGCUCAGUUGAACGAAAUCCGAAAAGUGAAAUUGGCUUCAAUUUUCUGCUCAAACAGCAAAUACAUGAAAACUAUCCAACCAAAUGUUUUCGAUGUUACCGAUGAGCUAACAAAUGCUCAAGUACCUUGCUCAGAUAUUCCACAGGUUGACCUAUCUUUAUGGAAAGAAAGAAAAACUUGCGAAAUGAACGGACGAAGCAUCGCUUUGGGAGACUCUGUUCACAUGACACCGUGUGUUACAUGUACUUGUACUCUGGAAGGUGUCGCUUGUAAUCCAACAAAAGUGGACAGUUGCGAGAAGCUGACGCAUAAAUACCUACUGACCGACAUCGCAAAGGACACAUCUUGCAUGAUUCAAUGCACUGAUUACAUGAAGAGGGUGUAA